AUGCAGAACGAGUCGGGGGACGAGGAGGACGAGGAGGACGAGGAGGACGAAGCGGCUGAAGUAGAGGAGAGGAGGGAGAAGCUUGCAGUGACGUCGGACCAGGAGGGGAUCAGGACAGGCGAGGAGGAGGAGGACGUGCUGUUCUCCAGGAGGUCGAAGAUGUUCCGCUUCAACGACGAGAAGAAGGAGUGGAAGGAGAGAGGGCUGGGAGAGCUCAAGCUCUUGCUCAACAGGAGGACGGGAAGGAUUCGCGUCUUGAUGAGGAGGGAGGAGACUCUCAAGGUUUGUGCCAACCACGUGGUGACCAAGGACCUGGAGCUUCAGCCCAUGGCAGGGACGGACAAGGCCUGGACUUACUUCACCGCCGACUACUCGGGGAUCAACGAGAUGGGCGAGUACACGGGAGAAGUUUACACGGAGCUCUUCGCCUUCCGGUUCAAGGACCCGCAGGCGGCACGAGACUGGAAGGACGCGUGGCUGGAGUCGGGGCGGAAGAGGGAGAAGAUGGCGGAGGAGGAGAUGGCGCAGCAGCAGGGAUCGAGAGAGGAGGAGGAGGAGGAGGAGGAGGAGGAGGAGGCAUCGACUUCUCGGUGCUCCGAGGCUUCGCCACCAGCGAGAUGGGCAGCGGCAAGGCCGAGGAAGGAGACGAGCAGAUGGGAAACCUCACUGCUCAGCUGGGAAGUUCUUUCUUCUCCCUCUCCCCCAAGCAGACACCCAGCAGCGGCGGAAGCUGGUCUGACCUGA